AUGGGGCGAGCCACGGCGGGCAGCGCGCGGCGGACCCGGCGGGGCAGCGCGGCCGCCAGCUCCCCCGCGGCCAGGAGCCGCCGGGGCCGAGGGAAGGCGGCGGGCGGGACCCCGGGCGGGCCGGGGGCGCGGGCACAGCCCCCCGGUCCCUUCGAUCUGGGCGCGCAGAGCGAGCGCUGGGCCGCCUUCCAGGAGCGGCACCGGCUGAGCUGCGAGGAGGCGGCGCGGCUGCUGCUGGACGCCUAUGAAUACAGAGGCUUGGUCAAACACACAGGAGGCUGUCACUGUGGAGCUGUCCGCUUCGAAGUCUGGGCUUCAGCAGAUCUGCAUGUUUUUAACUGCAAUUGCAGCAUUUGCACCAAGAAACAGAACAGACACUUCAUUGUCCCAGCAUCGCAUUUCAAGCUGCUGAAGGGUGAUGACAAUUUGACAACAUACACCUUCAACACACAUCGUGCCCAGCACACAUUCUGCAAGACCUGUGGUGUACAGAGCUUUUAUACUCCUCGUUCCAAUCCAGAUGAAUAUGGAAUAGCUCCUCACUGUCUGGAUGAUGGCACCGUGCAGACCACUGUCACAGAGAAUAUCAAUGGCAAGGAAUGGGAGAAGGCAACAAAGGAACAUAAGACCAUCAGAGACACGUCAAAACCCUGACACAUCCUUCCAGCAGCGGAACUUGGAGCACUGUUGUGGAACUGUAGUCUGGGCCUUCCUGGGUGAGGGUUGGUAAAAUAAGUCUCUACAUUGUGGUUUUCUGUUCUCUGUUUCUUAAAUAAAUCUUUCUAAGCCA